AUGGCCACUACGCUGCAUCGCAGCGACCCGAAGCUCUCGGCAGUACUGCUGCGGAACUACAACUAUAUACCUUCCGACAGUAUCCAGGAGUGUCUCUCGGGCACACCGUUGCGCGUUGAGGGGCGGGAGUUCGACAUAUCCUCGCAGGCAUUCCUUACACCGCUCAAUUUUAAACCCCUUCUGUGCUGCGUCCUCAAUGCCUGCUGUCAGCACAAGUUCCUAUUAGCCGACCGCAUACUUACUGCGAUGCAUUCGUGCUUCGCCGUGUCACCAGGACUGUACGAAGCACUGGUAGAUGGGGAGUAUGUAAACAACAUGGUGCUAAUAUUGGAGAACAUUUGCAAAAUUAAAGAUUGGGACAGGAGUGUGCCUUGCGUUAGACUGCUUAACAUGUGCUCAUCGACCAUGCAACGACAUCAGACACGGGGUAAUAUCGACAAGCAUUACAGACGCAUUAUACGAAAGAUAUGCAACUCCAUCGCUAAGUAUCACAUCACAGUGGACGAAAAGGGAGCCAAUACGACCUUUGAGUUGCGCAACCUCUACGAGGCGGUGGAUUUCUUGAGGACCUUCCUUGAAUACCUGCUAAGUGGUGAGUACUACCUUGGAAAAUAG